GUAGCCUAGCAAGUAGACGCUCAAAUGAAAAACGUUGGACGAGUCUUUUACUGUCUAUGGUUGUUUUAUGUUGUUGGUUUUUUUUACUGUUUAUGGUUAGCGCUGGAUAGAAAGCCUAUUAUUGACGGGGUUGGAAGAUAUUAACUUGUCUGUCAGCCAGCAGUUAGCAUAGCCUACCUCAUAUUAGAUAAACAUGUCACGUCUCUGCAAGAAAACACAGUCUGUCUGCACGGAUGAUCCUCUGUCUGAUGAUGGAGUAGGCAGGAAAAUUACAUUGCUGCGGCAGAUUGUAACAUCAUGUUAUGGUCCAUACGGCAGAUUAAAGCAAGUUCAUAACAAUGUAGGAGGCCACGUUCAAACCACCUCCACAUCGGCAGUGCUAUUCAGAACUGUGCAAACGUCCGAACCAUUACUGAAGCUGUUGAUGGUUUCCUUACAGAACCACAUACAGCGUUUCAGUGACUGUGGAUUAUUCGCAGCUAUUCUUUGUCUUGAGCUUGUCGAAAACAUUAAAAUACUUGAUAUUCGAGCCGGCGUUGUGAUCUCUGUGAUCAGGCAUCUACAGAAGCUAUGCAACACAUAUCUAAUGGGAAGGGACUGCAACUGUAAGGUCAAAAUAGAUUUCAACAGCUGUCAGGAACUUCUGGCCUUAACUCGAAGCACUAUCAUGAGCAAACCAGCGUGUGGUCUUAAUCCCACUGAAACACAUUACAUUAGCACUUUGGUGUUAAAGGCCUUCCUACAAACAAUUUCUACCAGUCUUUCUGAUAAUGUGCAUCUUGGCAAGACAGUAGUGGUUCCUUUGGAGGGUGAAGCAGUGGAGAAAUCUGCUGUCUUUUCAGGGAUCUUAAUAGACAUGCCUGAGUUGUUUCCAUCUGAAGCUGUAGAGAGCCUUGACUCUGGUCCCUAUAGAGUAGCCGUGUUCAGUGCCUCACUGUCUGGAGAUCUGUCAGAGAUUGGGGAGAAGACUCUUGAGAUCCACCAUGGAGCUGAUCCAGAAGCAGACCUCCUAGGCACGCUUCUGCAGCUGGGUGAGCAGGUGAUCAGGGACGGGGUGACCCUGUUUAUGUGCCAGAGGGUGAUCCACCCCAUCCUGCAGCAGUACCUGGAAGAACGUGGUGUAUUGGUGGUGGAGAGGCUGGGCAUCGCUCUCUUGGAUCCAGUCAUCACCAUGACAGGUGCUCAGGCCAUGGCAACUUUCCACACUCCAGUUCCUGCAGAGGCCUAUGGAGGGGUGAAUGCACUACGGAUACAGUGUUUUGGAUCUAGAAAGAUGCUGCACCUAAUACCCUCUGGGGACCCUGUGGUGUGUACCAUGGUGCUUUGCCACAGGAAUGAGACCAUGCUGGAUGAACUCAAGUUGGCAUGUGAGAGGGCAGCUCAUGUGUUGCGGCUGACUUUGAAGGACCCUUAUGCACUGCUGGGGGGUGGCUGCACGGAGACACAUCUAGCUGCUUACACCCGCCACAUGAGUCAGGAAAAUCUGUUGGACGUUUCCACUGCACUGGACUGCUCUCCCUCAGACGUCCUGCAGGGGGCAGAUGCUUUUUGUCAGUCGCUGGAAGCUGUGGCAGCAGCACUUGAGCACGACGGCGGUGACUCCCUAAUCGACCUGACGCACGGCCAUCGCUGGACCUCCGCCUCAGAUGAAGUCGGGCAUACCAACCGAGCCAGCUCCUGUAGCUGUGGUUUGAUAUCGAACAGUGCAGCUUUGCGGUGGACCCACCUCAACACCAAAUACCCCUAUUUCUGUCCAGCGCCCCCAACAAGCUCUGCUUCUCAGGUGUGCGUGCUAGACUCCUUUCUGGCCAAACUCAGUGCUCUGAAUGUGGCUGUGGAGAUGGCCAGCUUCCUCCUCGAGGUGAAGUACACGAUUAGGGAUGUGAAUUAAGUAAUGGACAUGUUGUGCAAUACAUUCCACAAUCAAUGCUCUCUUCAAUGAACAUUAUACUGUAUUAAUUGUGAAGCAGAACAUCCAUACCACCAGAGCACAUUCAUUAAUGAAGUAUUUCAGUAAUCUAGACUCAUUAACUAGCCUGAAUAAAAUAACAAAGAGGGCCCUCAAACUCCAAACAUAUACAGAAAUUCAUGUCAGGUAGUAUAAGAUUGAAAUUAUAGCUCAAAAUUAAAAUGUGGAUGCAAAUAAUCUUACAUUUCUACACGAUAGUUAGCACAACAGUGUAUGAGAUAUGUUUCUGUAUGGGGUGGGACUGUGCACAGAAUACUUCAAGAAUGCUUGCAUUUGCCCUGUUCUGUCAAAUAUGAUGACCAGAUCAUCACAAUUGCACAAAGGCACAAUUGCUUUAUUAUAUUGUUUUUUUGUGCGAAAUGUAAAACUUUGAAACUGCCCUACAAUUAGAAGAUGCACUGUCAGUCGUAAAAAGGGCUUCCAUAAGGUGUAAUACACAGUAUGGAAUGUAGAAGGAUUCAGAGCAUGAAGACAAGUCACAUAAAAUAGAAUCUGUCUAGUUAUAAAUACAGACGUUUCAUAUUUUUAUUGAAUGACAAUCUGCACAAAGGACCUGCAACCAACACUCUUUUCCCCUGUUUGUGUAUAUUUUAAAGUUAAAUAAACAGAUGUUGUUAUUUAGAAA